CGAUGUUCCGUGUGUCGCAGCGUUAUCGUUCCGCUGUCGGUGCGGCAGUUCCGCUAACGGAGCUAACACUGCUCGGUGUCAGUCCGCAAGAAAUAUGAAGCACAGUGAAAGUCGCUCUUUAUUUUCCUCUCCUCGCCCCAGUUGUUGACUCGGAGCCGACACAGCGCCGGGCUAACCGAGCCUUUAUGGCGGCCUUGUCGUGUCUCGUGCUGCAGAUCUCGAGCUCCGCCGGUCGGACGUACGGACUGUUUUCCAAAGGCUUGACGAGGACUUUGUUGAUAUUUUUUGAACUGGCAUGGCGACUGAGAAUUAGAUUUCCUUACAUCUAUCUCGUUGCCUCGAUGGUAUUUAACGUCAGAUUACAGGUUCACAUUGAAAUCCACUGAGACCCCCGCACCUGCAGUUUGGACGUAUAUAAAUGACCAGCGAGCGCUGCCAUGUCCCCGCCAUCAAAAGACACCGGCUGGCUCAGCGAUGGCCAAGAUGAGGACACUUAAUCCUGCGAACUGGUGGGACGACUCAAUAAAACUACACCACUGAUUGUUUCUGUCAUCACUCAGACCCCGGUGCCUUUGAGCGUGCAGGGAUGUGUGCAGAUGUGAGAGGAGAACGAGGAGAUCCAGCUGCUGUUUUACAUCCACAGCAUGAAGUUCAUCUGGACUCUGGGGAUUGUUGCCGUCAAACGUUGUGGCAACUCUUUGUCCCUCUUAUUUGGUCCAUCUCAACCAAAACCUGGAUGAAAUUCACUUUAUAGAAAAGGAAAUCUCUCCCCCUGACGUGAACAAAAUGAUUUUGUUUCCGUCGUCAGCGGUUCAGACAUUUUGAGGUAACCGAUCCAAACGGUACCAGCACGGCUGAUCCAACUGGAAACCUUCCAAACACAGGAAAAGAAAUCUCUGCAUGUUUUUGUGUCCUAACGUCACACUGUUAAUGCAUAUGUGUAGCACUAAUAUUUGUAAAAACAAACAGAUCAGAUUUUUUUUUCAUCUGAAAUUGUCUCAAGGUUGAGAAAAAAAUGGAGUGUUUGGAGUUUUGUAGUCUUCAAACUGACAAUGAAUUUAAC